GAUCGGAGCAGGAAGCCAGCAGUGACAUCACUUUCCAGAAGUCCCCUUCAGGUUUCAGGCAGCGACGAAGAAGCAGCAAAAUAAAGCGAGAGCGCUACUCUCUGGGAGUCCUGUUGGUUCGAGUUGAUAUCCACGCAAACACUGAACAGAAUGUCUCUGUAUCCAUCCCUGGAAGACCUCAAGGUCGACAAGGUCAUCAAGGCUCAGGCCCAGUUUGCACAGAGCACCGCCCCCAUGCCGGCCAUCACUGAGGGAACCUACCAGCCUCAGCCUGUUACUGCUGGGAUGCCAGGAUCCAGCUUGUACCCUAAUCUGGAGGAGCUGGGAGAUUAUAUGGGUCUGGCCCUCAACAGCGAUGAAGUCCAGAGGAACCUGGCUCUUGUUCCUGUGGCUGACAAUCAGGUGGCGCUGCCCUCCGGCUCUGGCGUGGGGGCGAUGGUCCGCCCCGUGACGGGAACAGACAUGGGCAUCAGGAGGGCAGAGAUCCGUCCUGGCCUUCGAGAGAUCAUCCUCUGCAAGGACCAGGACGGGAAGGUCGGGCUCCGGCUGAGGGCCAUCGACAAUGGGCUGUUCGUCCAGCUGGUCCAGGCCAACUCCCCCGCCGCCCUGGCCGGGCUGCGCUUUGGGGAUCAGGUUCUUCAGAUCAACGGACAGAACUGCGCUGGCUGGAGCACAGACAAGGCCCACAAGGCUCUUAAAGCUGCGGCGGAGACCCGCAUCGAGAUGGUGGUCAGGGACAGACCUUUUCAGCGCACCAUCACCAUGCACAAAGACAGCUCAGGACAUGUGGGCUUCAUCUACAAGUCUGGAAAAAUCACCUCCCUGGUCAAAGACGGCUCUGCUGCUCGCAACGGCCUGCUGACCGAACAUUACAUCUGUGAAAUCAACGGACAGAACGUCAUUGGACUCAAGGACUCUCAGAUUAAGGACAUUCUGAACACUUCCCCCACCACCAUGACCAUCACCGUCAUGCCCAAGUUUAUCUAUGAACACAUGAUAAAGAGGAUGUCCACCGGCCUGCUGCGGUCCGCCAUGGACCACUCCGUCCCUGAGGUGUGAGGAUCGUCGGCCAUGCUGAAAACCGUCACCAUGUCUGCAGAAUAGUUCCUCUUGUCAUUUUUAACCGUUUUUUUCUUCUGUCUUCAUACCAAGAAGCCUUCAACUUCACAUCACAAUUGUUUUCCUUCAUUACCUGUAACAUAUUCUUAAAACGAAACCUUUUUUACUCUUCA